CUCUUUAGACGUAAAACGUUAGUCAAUUCAGUAUCCCUCGUUGACCACGGCACUCCACUUCUGUCACUGUUAAAAUCUUCACUCACACACACACACAGUAAAAAAAAAAAAAAAAAAACGUUCUUCCCUCUUUAACCUCAAAAUCGUCUUCGCAAAUUCGUCGCAGUCAUCUUCAAAGCUAGUCUCUAGAUCUGAGCUUCACUUCAAAGUCAAUACGAAUUCUUCGGAUCUUAAACUCCACAUUUCAAUACACCUCAGCUAGGGUUUCGAGUCCGUAAUGCUAUCGAAUACUCAUUAUUUACCAAGGAAAUGCACGUGCACUACGUGAUUCUAGGGUUUGUCUAGUUCAUUUGAUCCAAAAUAGCAUCACUGGGGAUAUAAUUUUCCAAAUUUCUAGAUUGAUACAUUAAGGUUUCCGAACCUUUGACUAUUCUUCAGUUUACAGCUGUCAUUUUGACUAAUCUAGGAACAUUUGGUUCAUUUAUAUGUUUUGCGUGUAUGUUAAUUGUUGAAACAUUUAAAGGAAUGCUGUGACGAAUGGCGUUGAAGUUACCUGCUGUUGAAGCAGCUAAGGUUGCUAUUCAGUCAAUAGGAUGUGGAUAUGAUAUAUCAUUGGAUUUGAGGUUAAAGUAUUGUAAAAGUUAUCCGAAUAACAGUCGUUUAAUCGAAAUUGAUGAAGAUGAGAGUAGGGACGUUGUGCUUCUUGGUGGUAUUUCGAUACCUAAUGUGUCGAAAUCUAUUAAAUGUGAUAAAGGAGAACUUACGCGGUUUCGUUCUGAUGUUCUUUCUUUCCAGCAGAUGUCAGAGCAGUUCAAUCAGGAAGUAUCCGUGAAUGGUAAAAUUCCUUCAGGGCUCUUCAAUACUAUGUUCGAGUUUUCUGGUUCUUGGCAGAGGGAUGCAGCGUAUACUAAAACCCUUGCUUUUGAUGGUGUGUUCAUCACAUUGUACUCUGUUGCUUUAGAAAAAUCUCAAAUGGUGCUGUGUGAUUAUGUUAAAAAGGAAGUUCCAUCAACAUGGGAUCCUGCGGCAUUAGCAAGGUUUAUUGAAAAAUUUGGUACUCAUGUCAUUGUUGGUAUAAAGAUGGGGGGAAAAGAUGUAAUAUAUAUGAAACAGCAGCACUCCUCGUCCCUUCUGCCUGCUGAUGUGCAAAAGCGUUUGAAGGCAAUGGCAGAUAAGAGGUUUUCAGGUGCAAAUGAACAAGGCGGAAUAGAAUCGCAGCAGGCACAUCAGAAUGAGAAGUUUGAAAUCAGGGAGCACCGACUGAGGUUCGCUGAUCCCAAUAUAUCUGGUUCAUAUGCACAUAAGGAGGAUACUGUUUGUAUUUGCAAGAGGAGAGGUGGAAGUGAUAACAGAGGCCUGAUGCAUAAUCAGUGGUUACAAAGUGUGGAUCAGGAGCCUGAUGUGAUCUCAAUGUCUUUCAUUCCUAUAACUUCACUGUUGAAUGGCAUCUCAGGAAGUGGAUUUUUAAGUCAUGCUAUAAAUCUGUACUUACGCUAUAAACCACCAAUUGAAGAGCUUCACCAAUUUUUGGAAUUUCAACUGCCAAGGCAGUGGGCACCAGUCUUCAGUGAUCUUCCACUUGGUCCACAGAGAAGGAAUUUAAAUUUUGCAUCUUUGCAGUUUAGUUUACUGGGCCCCAGGCUUUACGUGAACACCACUCCUGUUGAUGUUGGCAAGAGGCCGGUGACUGGGCUUCGUUUGUACCUUGAAGGUAGGAGGAGUAACCGCUUAGCUGUCCAUUUGCAGCAUCUUUCAUCUCUUCCUAAAAUCUUCCAACUUGAAGAUGAUCCAAAUGGCAAUUAUCGUCGAGAAUCAUAUGAUCGCAAAUACUAUGAAAAAGUUCAAUGGAAGAACUUUUCUCAUGUCUGCACUGCUCCUGUUGAAUCUGAUGAAGAUCUUAACAUAGUUACUGGAGCACAACUGGAAGUAGGGAACUACGGGUUUAAAAAGGUGCUCUUUCUGAGACUCCAUUUCUCGACUGUCAUGGGAGCUACUAUGGUAAAGCACCCUGAGUGGGAUGGUUCCCCUGGGUUGGCCCGCAAAUCUGGACUGAUAUCAACUCUCAUUAGCCAGCACUUUACAUCAGUACAGAAGCCACCUCCGCAGCCAGCUGAUGUGAACAUAAAUUCUGCCAUUUACCCCGGUGGUCCUCCUGUUCCCGUCCAAGCCCCGAAGCUCUUGAAAUUUGUCGAUACUACUGAGAUGACUCGAGGACCACAGGAACCUCCUGGUUAUUGGGUUGUUUCAGGUGCAAGGCUUAUGGUUGAGAAAGGAAGGAUCUUGGUGAGGGUCAAAUAUUCCUUGCUAACUGUAAUACAACCGGAUGAUGAAAUAUCAGAGUAGUUGAGAAGAUUCUCUUUAAGUUAUACUUCACAUGCAAACUCUACAGGGAGAAGUGGUAGCAUAAUUUGUUGCUGAUUUUUACGAUGUUGAAACACCUGUUGUACAAAUUUGGUGAAAGUGCCAAAAAAGGGGAUGAAGCAACUCUUCUGUACUAGAUGUCUGUAAUCUUUUUUCUGAUAUUGUUCUCUUAAUGUAAAUCAUGACAAUAUUGGUUGUAAUAUAAUUUUCACUUCUCCAAAAA